AUGUUCUGCACUGCGACUGUGAGGAUCAAAGGGUAUUUACAAUGCACCUAUGAUCGUAUGACUCUUGGGCAGUGCUUAAGAAGAACAUAUCCUGAGGUGAUUGAGCCGUACUUCCGGUACCUGUCGAACGCCCACCUUGGCGGCAAUAAAGUCAAUAUGGACUGCUGUCCCUAUGUGGAGAAAGUCCGUUAUGGUGAUUGUACCGAUGGCAGACGGUCGACGAUCAUUGGAAGCUUUGUUGGCCCGGAUGCACGCUGCGUAAAGGGCAAUGAACUAAAGUAUAGGACGACACCCAUUGGCGAUGUGUGUGUGAAUACGAAGUGUGAGGAGGAGGGCAAGCUGAGUCUGCAGUUUCAAGGUGAUGAGGAGUGGUACCAGUGCGAGGAGGGGGAGCAUGUUAAAUCGAACAGUACUAACUGGUCUGGAACUAUUACGUGUCCCAAGUACGCCGAUGUGUGCACCAGGUACCCCAACAUCACCAAUAAGGAGCCCUUGCCCGAGGUCACCGACAAGGACAACGAGCCUGCUCCUGAAAACAUAACGUGGCCCAUCACAAAAUCUGAAGACACGUCCCCUCAGCCCAUACCGCCGACAGUUCCAAAUGCAGAGAGCGAAAAGAAUUCAUCUGAAAAAAGGGAUGGACCCCAUAAUUCUGAAGAAGAUGGCCUGAAUGGUUCCACCACCCACAUCGACAGCGAUACAAAGAAUAACUUGGCUACCAAUGGUAAAGGUCCAGCAGCACAUGUGCCUAACAACAGUGACACGAUUACUGUGAACAUUGGUAUUGGCGAUGGCACUGUGACUCCUGCUGGGCAUGCACCCCUUCUGCUCCUCAUCUUUGCCAGCGCCGUCGCCGUGGUAUUCUCUCUGUAA